AUGCGUCUCACGAACGAGCGUAGCUGGGCAAAGAUGGCGGCGGGCUCCGAUUUGCUGGAUGAUGUUUUCUUCAACACAGAGGUGGACGAAAAAGUAGUUAGUGAUCUGGUCGGGUCUCUGGAGUCUGAACUAACUGGAGCAGAUCACGUCAACACAGCAGUCAGGGUCCAGUCUGCAGCAAAUCACGUCGGCAAUUCAGCUGUAGGUAGUAAUUCCAAUGUUCAGGGCAGCAAAAUGGGACUUUCACAACAAGAGCUUGCUAAAGCAGGGACAGGAGUGCAAGGAGGUGUCAUUAACAGUACGGUGUCCCACGGUUCAAGCGUGGAUGGGGCAGCCGGGACCACAUCGGCGGUGGGAUCGAGCAUGACAGCCGCUCAGACUCAGUCCAAGUCGGGGACAACUAGCGGAGUCGUUACGGUAGUAUCAGAUACAGCAUCUUGUGCUGGGAAACCUGGAGCGACUGGUGUUCAAACUUUGAAUGGAAGUGCCGUGGUCAUGAACUGUCAUAUCACGGGAGGCGCAUCUGCUGACAGCAGCGGCAACAACUCCAAACCCGCUGUCACGCUUGUAAACAACGGACCUGUUUCCGUGAGCAAAGGAAGCGCAGCAGAUUUAUCUGCAACACCAAGUACUAUUAUUCGGACUUCUUCCACGAGUGCGCAGAAUACCGUGACUUCGCCUGUGAUUUCGUCGCAGCCCUCUGUGAAAAGUGUGCCCACGGUCACGCUUGUGAGGCCACCUAUGCAAACUCCCAGUAACACCUCACAAAGCGGAGGAAACCCGACCACAGUUUUGACAGCACCAGCCGUCAGCGUUACCAGCACGGCUGGCCCUCUAGUCACCAAACUCGACUCCACAAAGACUGUAAUGCAGACUGGUGCACACGUCGUUGCUUCAGCUGUUGCGACAGGUACAACAGCGACUAUGAGGAGCCCGACUGUUUUGCAAAACUUGAGGACUUCGGUGCCGUCAACAAUUGCUGCCACUCCUCCCAGUGGAAUACGAGCUAUCGCUCCACAGGUGUUGGCACCUCGGCUCACUCAGCCUCAACAAAAUGCCCCAAAUAUCCAAAACAUUCAGCUCCCCCCAGGCAUGGUCUUGGUUCGCAGCGAAAGUGGGCAGCUGCUGGUGAUUCACCAGCAGACCUUGGCUCAGAUGCAGGCUCAGUCGCAAUCCCAAAGCGCCAUGACACCACGACCUGCAGCCCCCACAAGCACUCCACCUGUCCAGAUCACUUCUCUACAGGCUCCAGGGGCGUCACUGCUGGCUCGUUCGGUGACCCCCACCACUAUUAUUAAACAAGGUUCCACAGUCCAAACCACUGUGACAGCCACCACCAAACUGCAGAGGCCUCCUGUACUGCAGAACACCAUCAUGCUGGGAGGAACUGCCACCACCCCGGGUCAGCCUCUAGGAACACCCACCGCAGUACAGCCUGGGUCUGCAGCCACAGCAGUAACACAGAGGGUAGGGCCCCUUGGCACCACUGGGACCCCUGUCACUCCAACAGCUAUUACAGCUGAGACACUGGAGAAUGUGAAAAAGUGUAGAAACUUUCUGUCCACUCUGAUCAAGCUGGCAUCCAGUGGAAAACAGUCCUCUGAGACUACAGCCAGUGUUAAGGAGCUGGUCAAGAACUUGCUGGAAGCAAAGAUAGAGCCUGAAGAUUUCACCAGCAGGUUAUACCAGGAGCUCAACUCCUCACCACAGCCGUACCUUGUGCCUUUCCUGAAGAGAAGUCUCCCAGCGCUACGUCAGAUGACCCCAGACUCAGAGGCCUUCAUCCAGCAGAGCCUGCUGCCUCAGCCCAGCACUCAGCCAACUGCAGCAGCUUCCACAGCCCUCACUGCUGUGGUGCUACGACCUCCUCUCUCCACUGUCGCUACUACAGCCACCAGCACUGCCGUGACCAAAACCACCGUAAUCAGCCUCACUCAGACACCUCACAAUAAACCAGGACUGAUUGUGCCACAGCAACAAGGGACAAUGGUGAGGCCCCAGGUGACACUGACUCAGUCUCCCAUGGUAACACUCAGAGGACAACCUCAUAGCCGCAUCAUUGUGGGCCAGCCGCAGGUGGUCAAACAGCUGCAGACAGUUCCAGCAGUGAAGCCAACGUUGGCUCCAGGGGUCAAAGGAGUACAAGUAGUCAGUCAGGCCCCUCUCACUGCUGCUCAGAAGAACAAGCUGAAGGAAGCAGGAGGGGGAACCUUCAGGGAUGAUGAUGAUAUCAAUGAUGUGGCCUCCAUGGCAGGAGUCAACUUGUCAGAGGAGAACGCCCGUAUCUUAGCAACCAACUCUGAGCUUGUUGGCACGGUGACUCGUUCUUGUAAGGAUGAGGCCUUCCUCUCCACCCCUUCACUCGCUCGGAGAGCUCUUGAGAUUGGCAAGAAGUUUGGUGUCAGUGAGUUGGGCACAGAUGUGAUCAACUUCAUUUCCCAUGCUGCGCAGCAGCGGCUACAGAACCUGCUGGAAAAGGCAUCGCAAGUGGCACAGCAGAAGAACAUAACCUUUAAGGAGGACGAGCGGUACGAACAAGUUAGCGACGUGCGAGCCCAGCUCAAAUUCUUCGAGCAGCUGGAUCAGAUGGAGAAGCAAAGGAAGGAAGAGCAGGAGAGAGAGAUCCUCUUGAAGGCUGCCAAGUCUCGGUCACGGCAAGAGGACCCCGAGCAGCUCCGACUGAAACAGAAGGCCAAAGAGAUGCAGCAGCAGGAGCUGGCACAGAUCAGGCAGAGAGAAGCCAACCAAACGGCGCUGGCAGCAAUUGGCCCUAGGAAAAAACGGAAAAUGUACUCUCCUGUUAGAGGUGCCAGCGCAGAGGGUUCAGGGUCAGGGCCCUCCCAGCCUGGAGGCUCCAGUGGAGCAGGAUCCAGACAGUUUAUGCGACAGCGCAUCACCAGAGUCAACCUCAGGGACCUUCUAUUCUGCCUGGAGAGUGAAAGAGGGACCAGUCACUCGCACCUGCUCUAUAAAGGCUUCCUCAAAUAGCACCUGCAUUAAAAUGACUAGUCUCGCUCAGUGGCAAUAAGGAAGCAGAGUUGACCGUCAGCUCAGACCUUCUCUGCCAGUACUUCCCUUGAUCACCCAUUGCUGAAUGACGAGACGUCUGUCUGUGGGAAGAGAAUUAUCUGGAACACUGAAGAGACAUCAGCUUUUAAAAGCUUCUUCAGGCACAGGCCUUUUGUAUUUUCAGUGCUGAGAUGGAGCAAAUAUUAGAACUCGGCCCUGAUUUCAGCGUGCCUCUCAGCUUGGUUUGCUCUUCAGAGACCAGUUGCACUCAACCACACUUCCCUCAUGCACUGCCUCAUGCUGCACAUAAGAAAAAUGUCUUUAACUGAACUGAGAACUUCAGAUCUGAAAACCUUGACAGUGUCAUUGCGCUGACAUUUGGGUUGUUGCAGCAAAUCUCUACAAAGUGGUUCCAUUUUAGACUAAUGUGCAACAUUCAGGUGCAGCGUGAUUUUACAAAACUGCAGUAAUGCUAAUUUUCUUGACCAUGUUAACAUAAACACUCUGUUUAUUUAAGUUUUCAACAGAGAUUUUAAUUUAUCAUGCAUUUAUACUAUGUGUUAGCAGUUGUAACGCCUGUGGAUUGUUUUACACAGACUAAUCUUGACUAUUCUUGUCCUCUGCUGAGUUGCCUUCUUCAGAUUAAGCCAUAUGGAUUAGAAUGUGUUGCUCAGUUUAAGUAACUUCAUCUAUCCAACAGCUCUCUCCAGAUUUGUAGGAUGUCUACUUUAUUGUUUAGUUUGCUUUUUUUGUUUGUCUUUGCUUGACAGUUUCUGACACAGUGGUUUUUAUUCAGAUUCUAGCACAUUUAUUCCACAGAUAUAUACUUUACAUUCCUAUCGAUCAUUUCUGAAAAAUACCAUAGCAAGCCCCACCCCCCAUCUCCUCAGCAGCCACUUUCCAUUAAUUUCGUCAGUGAUGGUAAAAAAUUCAAUUGGCUUUCUGUCAGUAUCCUGGUGGUGCACUAACUGACUAGUUACUUAGAAAAUCCAAGAGUGAAGAAUGAAACAUUCACAUUAUGAAAUAAUAAUGUGGAUUUGGCUCUGCAUUUCUUCAAUAAUGUUUCCAAGAAGCAGAGCUGUCAGGUCCCACCUUUCUAUAAAUGUCACACAAAGAACUACAAAUUAUUAAAAAAAGAAGAAAAAAAAAGUACAAUGUUUAAGUUUAGCUUCUGGCUAAAAAAUGUUUGCGCAGGGCAUUUACCAUGAUUGCUUGUCCAUCCCAAGCACAUUUUAUUCUUUGCCUUUUGUAGCAUUUAAAAAUGAUUGUAAUGUUAAAAAUAGAAUGGACAUAGGUGGCUGCCUAAUGUUACUCAUAAAAAAUCAAAACUAGCAUGGUAUAAUUUGGAAAUGAAGUGGCUGUUGGUACUGUAAAGUAUCCACUCUGUGUAGCUUGUGCAAAAAUGUGAAUUUUAUGAAACAGAUUAUGGAGAAAUGAAACCCAGUUAUAUUUUUAAUUGCAGUCCUUUAAGUCAAUCAGUCAUUUUUCUAUUUCUAAGUUGUGCAUCCACAUUUUUAUAUUUGAGCGAAUGAUGGGGGUCAUGUUUGGUAAACAUGGGCAUGAAGUGCAGAACGAGGACUGCACUUUGACAGAUCAGUUUUCUAAAACUAGUCGAUCAUACCCACUUUAUAACUUUUUAUAUUUUUAGUGCACAUACUAAUUUUGGUCUUUAUACCCUUUGUCAUUUUAUGAAAUAACGUUUAUGGGAAAAUUUUAUUACUGUAUAUAUUUACGUUUGCUAUUUGUAGAUUUAUCAUUUGACGACUUUAAAUUGAGAAAUUUUGUCUUAUUUUUCAUGUAUAUAAAUAUGACAAAUAAGACAAAUAUAUGAUGCUUUUUUUUUGCCAAUAUCUUGUAAAUUUUGCACAGCCACUUGUUUAUAUGUAAAUAUCUGAAUUUAAAAAAAAAAGUUUUUAAGUGCUAUUUUAUAAUGGAUUGAGAGAAAAUAAU